GUGUAAAAUGUAUUUAAUUUAAUUUUAAUUUUUUUGCCAGGGAAAAUAUAACAUGAGGUAAUGACUUAAAUGUAUAUCUCAGAUGAUUAAAAAAAAAUAAAAUAAAAAAAAUCAGUAGAUAUAAAUGAAACUUAAACUAUUUUACACCUCACGUGCAAAGCCCACGAAAGAACCAGAGGUUAUAUAAGCUGCGGUCGUCACAUCACGCGCACAGCCGGACUCUGAGUGGACAUCGCCCGACGGGAGAGCUUUCAUGAUUGUUAUGUGUCUGCCUGUCGGGAAUCCCCUUUGUCCUUAUUUGGUUUAGUUCCUGUCCCCAUUAGUUAAUUAUCUGUCAUUGUCCCCACCUGAGUUUAAUUACGUUGUUUGCUCUUUUGUUCUCUCUCCUUUAAAAGUCCUCAGUCCUCCUUUUGUGUUUGUCCGUUAUUGAUGAGUUAAAAUAAAUGGGAAAAGUGAGUUGAUGCCGUUUCGUUCUCUUCUCUUUCAUUUAUAUUUCAUUUUGCUUACGCCACAACCACACGCCCGUGACAGAAUAACAGACCGAACUACAGGAUGGAAUUCGUGGAAAGCGUGCCGGCCUUAACCCUCCAGAGUCUUCCCUUCUUCACUUACACCUGGGAGUUCUGUGAGCUCGCCGCGGCAACGACGUUGCAGGACGCCACCAUCAUUGAGAUGUUCCGGCUCGGGGCCACUUUCCACCGUCCCGUGGACCUCCCAGACAGUGGCAAGUAUGGCAAGUCCGCUGGUCCCGUCCAACUCGUCUGUGCCUCCGCUGGUCCCGUCCAGCUCCACGCUUCAAGAGCGCCCCCCUGUGCCUGCGCCACGAAGGCGCCUCCCUAGCUCCGCGCUGCCAGAGCGCAUCCAAGAGUCCGCGCUUCAAGAGCGCCCCCCAGUGCCUGCGCCACGAAGGCGCCUCCCUGUCUCCGCGCAUCCAAGAGUCCGCGCUUCAAGAGCGCCCCCCAGUGCCUGCGCCACGAAGGCGCCUCCCUGUCUCCGCGCAUCCAAGAGUCCGCGCUUCAAGAGCGCCCCCCAGUGCCUGCGCCAUGAAGGCGCCUGCUAAUUCUGCUUUUUAAUAACAAAUAAUUACAAUAAAAGUAAAACAUGUAUGCAUGUGUAUACACCAGGGAAGAAAUAAAAGUCAUAUUCAAGUAAAAUUAUAAUUAUUUUCAAUACUGAAAAUAUUUAUUCUUUUUUACUUUUUUCAGAUUGUCAUCCGACUGUUCUGCCUGCACCCCAAAGGCUCCACAGCACUUGUCACAAGACUUUGGCUUUAUUUGUCAAGAUCAUCUGAAAAGAGUUCACCUGUGCCAUCCACAUGGAUGCAUGUUUUCAAAUUUGAAAGUCCUCAUCAUUUCCACAUCUGUACUACAAUCACAUGCACUUUGCUUGUUUACUCAACACUUAAAUGUGAUAUGUAUGUUGUGUGGAUUAUAGUGAUGUUUUUAGCACUCUCAUUCUGACGGCACCCAUUCACUGCAGAGGAUCCACUGGUGAGCAUGUGAUGCAAUGCUAAAAUUCUCAGUAACACUUUAUAAUAACGUUCAGUUGUAAGUUAAUGAUGAACUAAUAAUUUUCAAAACGUGACUGCAUUCAAAAAUCAUUGAAAUGUCAACAUUGUACUAUUAUCAUCAUGUGUGUCAGAGAAGACAUCUGUCUACACCCUCACUAGUCAGCCUUUACAUUGCAGUACACACUACAAAGUAUUCAAAACCUGUUGUGUAAAUGCAUGAAUAAAUCAUUUACAAAGCUUUCUGCAUCCCCUGAUCUAAAGUGUAAACCACUCAUCACUUGUAAAUGUGUUACACAUUAUUUGUAGAUUUGGUUACACUUUAUUUCGAUAGUCCACUUUAGACAUUCUACUAACUAUAAGUAACUACAUGUCUACUAACUCUCAGUAGGGUAGGUUUAGGGUUAGUAGAAUAAGUUGACAUACUUGCAAAGUUUCUGAUAGUAUGUUGUGGACACAUCAAAAUAAAGUGUUAGAAGUUAAGCAGACAGUCUACUAAUACUCUAAUGACUGCUAGUUGACAUGUAGUUGCAAUGUUAUUUACUGUUAGUAGAAUGUCUAAAGUGGACUAUCAAAAUAGUGUUAUCGUAGAUUUUUCUUUCUUGUUACAAAUGAUCUGUAAGUGUAUACAAGGCAUUUACAACACUUUCUGGAUCCCCUAUUCUAAAGUGUAAACUACUCAUCAGGUGUAAAUGUUUACUCAUCAUUCGUAGAUCUUUCACCCUGGUGUAUACACACAACCUGUAACCAGCAGGUUUGUAAAACUGAUGAGUAGUUUACACUUUACAAUGUCCCCACACCACAGGCAUUGUCCUUUCAGUAUAAUGUGUCAAGCUAAAGAUUCUGUUAGUUAGUGUUUUUUUUUUUUUUAAUAGAAUACCACAGAUAAAAUGUAUCUACUUUCUGACAGUUAUCACUGAAAUAGGUGUCUUGGGAAGUCACACUUGUCUCUCUGACAGCAAACAAGAAUCUGACAUCAGGUCACUGUUAUUUAGCCAAUCAAAUUUAUAGGCACUGUCUACAUACUCAUUUUAAAUGUUUGGGGUUUGCUGACGCUGAGUUUGCAAAUGUGUGUUUAUAAAGUUUCUGACUAGGAAUUUUGGAGAAAGUGACUGGUCUUUGUCAGUGCUGGGUAGAUUGCUUAUAAGUUGUAGUACAUUACUGAUUACAGAAAAUACAUUCCCUUCUUUGAUAUCAACAUGAAAUGCAAUAAACACCAGGGUUUCUCAAACUGGGGUUAAUUUAAAAACUACAAAGGGUUUGUAAGUAGAUAAAUAUUUAAUAAUUAGUGAUGUCUAUUUUAGUGGAUGUAAAAAACAUGUUAAUUUGAUUAAUUAGUGUUGUAAAGGCUCCUUUAAGAGAGGGCUUUUAUUCUGACAUCAUAUGAGCAGUCUCGUUAGUUAAGCCGCUGUUGCCUGCUGAAGUGUACAUCUGUCGAGUCGAUUGCUGAAAGGACAUUUCUACUUGUUCAGUUGCGACAUUUCCUGCAGCUGUUACCUUGAGGUGUUAGUCAUUGACCUACAAGUAAGCCUGUUUGCGUUAUUUUUGUUUAUUGAGAUCGGUAUUGAGUUAUUUAUAACUGCGUCACCCGCACAUGUAUAGACAUGCCCGCAGCCAUCGUUUCUGUUAAUUUAGUUUAAUGAUUCUGCUCGAGAUGUGAUUAUUUAUUCUUUAUGGAUAUGGAUAUCACUGUUUUGUUUUCCAUGAUACUGCAGUGACAUGGUAUUGAUUAUUUUGAGCUGUUUAUACCAAACUAGCGAUCACAUUCUGAUGGGUCCUGAUUAUAGGCAUAUAUGGAGGGACGUUUAUCAUGUUAGAUGAUUGCUUAUAGUGCAUACUGUGAUACCUUUAUUCUCCCUUCUUGGAUUGUAUUGUUCACUGAGGAAUGGUACAGAUGAGGAUUUAGUAUAUUUUGGCUGCCUUUAUGUACCAAUGGAUUUUUAUCAUUGUGUAUAUGCUUAAUUAUUGUUAUUCAUGACUGUUUAUUGUAUUUCUUGUAUUCCAGACUAAUGCCUCUACUGCCUGCAAAUUGAUAACAUUCUAUCAAUACAUCAUCUAAACCCAAUCACCUGUCUCCUCAUCCUUUAUAUUAUAUUGUGCUCUAACCGGCACCCAGGGGGUUCACUCAUCCAACUGCAAAUCAGAUCCUGACAGUCAAAGUCUCUCCAACAUUGUGGUCCUUCGAGCCGGAUGAGUGUUCCUUUCUGAAAUGAUGGACUCUGACGAGGAGAUUGUUGGCGGAGCAUGCCCUAAACGCUUCACUCGUCCUCUAGCCUACCUAGAACAGUAUGAGGUGCAGUAUUCCCAAGGAAGACCUGUCUCAGAGCCUGGUGUGUCCCGCACUGUGGAGACGCCUGUCCCAGCCUGGUCCCCGUCCUUUCAGCCGUCUGUUGCCUUCCCUGGUGGUGACUGCCUCCAUCCUGAUGGCUCGCAGAUCCUGUCGUCCAGUUAUCAGCCUACCCAGCCUCCUGUGUGCCCUCAGCUGGUCCCUUCCCCACCUUCAGCGGCUGAUUCAAUUGCUUCUGCUCAUCUCAGUGAGCUACAGCACCUACGUCACGAGCGUGCAGCCUUCGAAGCUAAUCUGAGAGAGUUGAGAGUUGGUACAAGCAGUGCAGUCCCUUCGAGCAGACCUUAGCCAAGCUAGAGGUCAACCUCUGUUGCCGGGGCAGCCUUCAGCAUUGCGGUUGUCCAGUUCUCCAGUGAAGCCCUGUGUAUCCACUCCUGUAGUAGAUUGUGAUCCUUUCCCUGAUCUACCUCCGCCACCUUGGCCUGAGCCUGACGAAGCCUUGGCUAGACAGUUUGGUGCCCUCGAGUUGUCUGAUGCAGCUACUUCCUAUCGGCCUGUGGUCUCAGGGUCUCAGCAGAAUCCCAUAGUGCUCCCUACCACUCGCUCAUGCCCUCCUCAGCCUAGUGUUCCUGAUGCUGGUGAUUUCCCUCCACCUCCUACUCCUCAAGACCUUAGAGAGAUUCUCACUCCUAGUGUCAUGCCAGUGCCUGCCCACCACCAGGCAGCACCUCCCUCUCCUAGGGUCCCAGCCUUUCUCCCUCAGUCAGAGCCUAGGGUGCGCACUGUAGUCCCUUCCUCUGAGUCUGUGUAUCGUGGUCCCCCUCCUACCAUCCCUAAGUUUACGCAUCCAGAUCCUAGUGAGUUUGCUCGCCUUCGCAUAGCCCUGGAAAACCUGCUUCCCCCAGAUGGCACGGAGCUGUUUAAGUACCAGAUCCUAGUAGAUCACCUUAAGCUCGAGGAAGCUAAGAUGAUAGCUGAUGCUAACUUGAAUUCCCCUACCCCCUUUACCGAUACUAUGUCAGCACUUUGUGACAAGAAUGGCCAGCCACAUUAGUUAGCCUUGAGGAGGAUAGCUAGUGUCCUGGACAGUCCUGACGUUAGACGAGAUGACAUCCCAGCCUUCCAGAGAUUCGCUCUCCAAGUCCAGUCACUAGUUGGCUUGUUGAGAACCUUAGGACGUGAUGGGGAGCUCGAGUUGAGUUGUGGUUCCCAUGUCGCACGCCUUUUAAGCAAACUUCCCCCAGAGCAGAGAGCGGAGUUUCGUCGCCACAUGUUUCGUCAACCUGGUUCUACACCUAACUUUGUUGACCUUUCUAAUUGGCUUCGUUAUGAGACCUGGUGUCAUAGCUAUGAUGCAGAGUUGACCACUAAGAGCUCACAUUCUGGCAAGAGAUCCGUUGCUAUCCUGCAUGGAGUUGGAGCAUCCUCAGCCCCAACCACAUCCUUGUCACCUUCCCCAGUUGAGUCUUCCAUGCCUCGUAGAGGUUCCAUGCAGCCAGCGAAGUGUGUUAGAAUGAAGCGCUAUUGUCCAUUCUGCGGUGCAUCUAAGCAUUACCUGAGUCAGUGUGCUUCCUUCGCCCAGCUUACGCCUGAUCAAGUUAAGACCUGGAUCCAUAAAAACAAUCGCUGUUGGCACUUUGCCAGAUGCCACCACGCUGCCCAAUGUGAUCUGAAGAAGCCCUGCAGUCUUUGCCGUGGCCUACAUCUUCGUUCCCUUCACGACGUGAAUGUCAGUCCUUCCUCUACUGAGGAUUCUGCUACUGUGGAGAAGAGUUGCUUCACGAGCUCCUCCUCAGACAGGUUCUUCGUGUGAUGCUUAAAGUGGUUCCAGUGCACCUGAGUUAUGAGGAUCGUACCCUGGAGACUUUCGCCCUCUUGGAUGAUGGGUCUGAGAGAACGAUCCUGCUUCCCACUGCCGUUGAAGCCCUAGGGAUUCAGGGUGUUCCUGAAGACCUUCCAUUACGGACGGUCAGAGACGAUGUUCAGGUCAUUCGUGGUUGUUCCAUAUCCUUCCAGAUUUCUCCCGUCUACCGACCGCAGAUCAGUUAUCAGAUCAGUCACGCCUUUACUGCUGAUCUCCUUAACCUGUCGCGCCAGUCCUAUCUGGUGGAUCAGUUGCUGCGGUUCUCCUUAUCGGUUCUGACCAGCCCCACCUUAUCACCCCUACUGAGCCAGUUCGACGGGGCGGCCCAGGAGCUCCAGUUGCUGUUCGUACCCGCCUAGGAUGGACACUUCAGGGUCCUGUUCCUUCCGUAGGUGGUCCUUCCACCCCUCGCCACUGCAUGCUUAUCUCUUUGGUUCCUGUCCAAGAUGAGCUCCUACACCACGUACAGAGAUUGUGGCAGUUGGAUACAGUUCCUCACCGGGAGUGUAAAGAAGUUACCCAUUCCAAGCAAGACCAGGAAGCCCUUCAGCUACUUGACCACAAGACCCUUACCCUUGAGAUUGAGGGUGUUCGUCGCCUUGCCACUCCCCUUCUCUGUCAUAAAGACAUGCCUUUGUUAAAUGCUACGAGAGAUUCAGUCUUGUCUAAUCUCUGCAGUGUGGAACGGCGUCUGUUGAAGGAUCCUGAGAAGGCCGAGACCUACCGAGCAGAGAUGCGUAAACUCCUUGAAACUGGAGCUAUCUGUGUAGUGCCUGAUCCUGAUCCUGUUCCUGAUACCCCUGAGUGUUGGUACAUUCCUCACCACAUUGUUAGCCACAAUGGGAAGUCCCGUCUCGUCUUCAAUUGUUCCCAUCAGCACCGAGGUCAGAGCCUUAACCAGUACCUUUUGCCCGGACCAACCCCCGGAACUUCGUUGUUAGGUGUCCUCCUUCGUUUUCGGGAGCAUCCUGUAGCUGUGAGAGGAGAGGAGAUAUUAAGGCGACGUUCCACCAGGUUCGCCUCCUACCUGAAGAUCGUCCUCUGCUCCGCUUCCUAUGGCAAGAUCUGCAGAUGAAUGAGGCUGCUCGGACCUUCGAGUGGUUGGUCCUACCCUUCGGCACCACCUCCAGCCCUUGUUGUGCUAUCUACGCACUCCAGCGCCACACUCGUCAGCACUCCUUAACAGAUGAGGAGAUUCGUUUCUCUGUAGAAAGAUGUUUCUACGUAGAUAAUUGCCUCCAGAGCCUACCUACUGCUGAUGCAACCCGGAGUCUGAUAGAUCGUCUGCGCACUAUCCUUUCUGGGGCUGGAUUUGAGAUCCAGCAGUGGGCCUGUAACGAUCCAGCUGUAUUAAGUCACCUACCUCCUGAGGCUCGAGUGACUAGUGUGGAGUUGUGGCUGACGCAGGAGAAGGCCGAUGUUCCUGAGGCCACAUUAGGUUUGAGUUGGAAUUGGCAGUCUGAUACCUUGUCCUAUAAGCACAGACCCGUGAUCUAUGAGACCCCAACCUUGCGGAAUAUUUAUAGGGUCCUUGCUAGUCAGUAUGACCCUCUGGGACUGCUCCUUCCUUACACCACUCGUGCGAAGGUGAUCGUGAAGCACCUUUGGAACAAACAGAGAGUGGGAUGAUCCCAACCUACCUCCGGACCUUCUCCAUUCCUGGAUACAGUGGGAAGAGGAACUUCGCGCCCUUCCUAGUGUCUCUUUUCCUCGGCCUUAUGUUCCUCCUGCAGUUGGGAUUGAUGGAGUUACUCGCAAGGUCCACAUCUUCUCAGAUGCAUCUGAGCAAGCCUACGGAGCCGUAGCUUAUCUGUGUACCGUUGAUCCAGCUGGUCAGACCUACCUCUCCUUCCUCAUUGCUCGGUCCCGAGUUACCCCUAAGAGAGUACAUUCUAUUCCUCGAUUGGAGCUCUGUGGGAGCUUAGUCGCAGCCCAGCUUGCGAAGUUGCUGGCAAAUGAGUUGACCUUGACGAUUCAGUCUACUGUGCUGUGGACAGAUUCUACGACAGUCCUUCAGUGGUUAAAGUCAGAGUCCUGUCGCUACAGAGUCUUCGUUGGCAAUAGGAUAGUUGAGAUUCAAGAGCUUACCGAUCAGUGCUCGUGGCGUUAUGUUGGUUCUGCAGAUAACCCUGCCGAUGACCUCACCAAGGGGAGAUCUCUGUCCUACCUCGCUUCCCUGAACCGGUGGUCCCGAGGACCCCCUUUCCUUCUCCUUGACCUUCAAGAAUGGCCGGUCCUUCGUACUUCUGAGGCUGGUGAAAAUCUAGCAGAGUUGCGAAAGUCCACCUUCUGUGGAGUUGUUACCUCACCAAACACCUCUAGCCACCCCGAUAAAUGGAGUUACCCUACCUGGAUAGACCUACUGGAUAUCACUGCCCGAGACCUACAACGAGCCAAAGUUCAUGUCCUUAAAGGCGUCCAACUGGAAUCCUUCCCUGAAGAUUACCACCUGUUGGCAUCCGGGAAGACAGUGAAACCUAGUAGCCGUCUAGUUGCCUUGGCCCCUGAGAUGGAUCCUUCUAACGGCUUGAUUAGAUUGGGCAGUCGUUUGAGGAGAGUGGCUGACCUUGCAGAUUCUGUUGUCCAUCCUGUAGUCCUAGACUCUAGACAUCCAGUUACUCGCCUGAUAAUCCACCAUUACGACAACCAGUUGCAUCAUCCUGUUUGCUGAGAUAAGGAGGCAUUAAUGGGUCCUGCGAGGCCGUGAAGCUGUUCGGCGGUUUCAGCAUACCUGUCUGGAAUGUCGAAGAUGAAGAGGCCAGCCUUCAGUGCCUCAGAUGUCUGAUCUACCCUCCGCCCGCCUACAGCUUCACAAGCCUGCCUUCCAUUCAUGUGGGAUGGAUUGCUUCGGUCCUUUCCUAAUCAAGAUUGGUAGACGUACAGAGAAGCGUUGGGGUGUUCUGUUUAAGUGACUUACCACUAGAGCCAUACACUUAGACUUACUCCCUAGCCUGAGUACGGAUUCCUUUCUUAUGGCCCUUCGGAGGUUCAUCGCUAGGAGAGGCACCCCAGCACAGUUAUGGUCAGAUCGAGGGACCAAUUUCCAUGGAGGCGAGCGGGAGUUGCGAGAGGCAUAUGCCGCCUUAGCUGCUGAACUGCAGCGUCAUCUUGCGUGCCAGAAGAUCAGCUUCUGCUUCAAUCCCCCAUCAGCCCCUCACUUUGGUGGAGUUUGGGAGAGGGAGGUGAGAUCUGUCAAGUCAGCUUUGUAUAUCGUUUUGGGUUCCCAGUCGGUUCCUGAGGAGGUCCUGAUGACGGUCUUGUUGGAAGUCGAGGCUAUCCUUAACUCAAAACCUUUGGGUUACGUAUCCUCCGUGGUGGAUGCUGACCCAGUGACCCCCAGUAGUCUCCUAAUGGGGAGGCUUGAUGGAUCCUUGCCUCAAGUCAUUUACCCAGAAUCAGAGAUGUUAAGCCGCCGAAGAUGGAGACAUUCCCAGAUCCUAGCCGAUCGAAUCUGGUCUCGAUUCAUCCGGGAUUAUCUUCCUAGCUUGCAGACCAGGCAGAAAUGGCAAGCCUCACCUCCUGACCUCCGUGAGCAUACCUAUGUCAUGAUUGUCGACCCUCAGUUGCCCAGAGGUUUGUGGCCUGUAGGUAAGUCAUUCAGACCCAUCUCAGUCCUGAUGGCCACAUUAGAUCCGCAGAUGUGCAGGUCAAGGAUCAUAUCUAUACCAGACCAGUGGCCCGCCUGGUGGUUCUAUCAACCUUGCCUUCAGAUGAUCCUGGAGUUCCGAACCCUCCAGAAUAGAGUCGCCUUUCUUGAAUACAAAGAUGCUUCUCAUCUUUGGGGGCGGCUGUUGUAAAGGCUCCUUUAAGAGAGGGCUUUUAUUCUGACAUCAUAUGAGCAGUCUCGUUAGUUAAGCCACUGUUGCCUGCUGAAGUGUACAUCUGUCGAGUCGAUCGCUGAAAGGACAUUUCUACUUGUUCAGUUGCGAUAUUUCCUGCAGCUGUUACCUUGAGGUGUUAGUCAUUGACCUACAAGUAAGCCUGUUUGCAUUAUUUUUGUGUUUAUUGAGAUCGGUAUUGAGUUAUUUAUAACUGUGUCACCCACACAUGAACAGAAACGAUGGCUGCGGGCAUGUCUAUACAUUUAGUUUAAUGAUUCUGCUUGAGAUGUGAUUAUUUAUUCUUUAUGGAUAUGGAUAUCACUGUUUUGUUUUCCAUGAUACUGCAGUGACAUGAUAUUGAUUAUUUUGAGCUGUUUAUACCAAACUAGCGAUCACAUUCUGAUGGGUCCUGAUUAUAGCCAUAUAUGGAGGGACGUUUAUCAUGUUAGAUGAUUGCUUAUAGUGCAUACUGUGAUACCUUUAUUCUCCCUUCUUGGAUUGUAUUGUUCACUGAGGAAUGGUACAGAUGAGGAUUUAGUAUACUUUGGCUGCCUUUAUGUACCAAUGGAUUUUUAUCAUUGUGUAUAUGCUUAAUUAUUGUUAUUCAUGACUGUUUAUUGUAUUUCUUGUAUUCCAGACUAAUGCCUCUACUGCCUACAAAUUGAUAACAUUCUAUCAAUACAUCUAAACCCAAUCACCUGUCUCCUCAUCCUUUAUAUUAUAUUGUGCUCUAACCGGCACCCAGGGGGUUCACUCAUCCAAUUGCAAAUCAGAUCCUGACAGUCAAAGUCUCUCCAACAAUUAGUGAUGCAUUAAUAAUUUUAACGCCUUAUUUUUUUCCAUUUAAAUGCCCCUUUAGAUAUUGUAUCAAAAAUACUCUUGUGAGUUUUUUGUUUUGUAUUAAUAUCAUAUAAUAUAGUUAGACAAUAUCACAUGAGCAAUUAGUGCUGUUUUUGAAUAGCAUGAGUUCAAAUGUGAUUCUGAUUUUAUGCAAGCGUUUACAAGUUAAGGUUGUCUGUUUUUGCCCAAUUCAACAGAUUGUGUCAAAAUAAUUUUAUUUUUUGAAUACAGUCAAGAAGUUCAAGACCUCUGUAGGGGCAAAAUGUCCACAUUAUAAUUUAAAGGGAAAUGCAUUUUAUGCUUUCAUACUACUUUAAUUUCUUGUCAGAGAGCCAUGUGUGACUUGCUAGCCAUAGGUUCCUGGCAACUGAUCAAUAUAAUAGUUAUGAAACUUAACAACUGCCAUAAAUUGUAUCAGUAGUUAGAUUAAAGUUAAACUGCAAGAUUGUGAUGCUAAUAUGUAUGCUUCCCCCUUAGAUUAGCAGUAGUACUUACUUAUAAAGAGCUUUGAACACUCUUCCCCUUUGUAGAACAGUCAAGAUGAAGGUUCUAGAGGGGUUUCUUUCUCUAGGUUUGUUGGCUGUUUUUUGGAGCUCCAGUAAUGCAGAGCAACAGGACUUCAUGUUACUUGCUGGCCCUCUGAAAUCCAGCCAGACUUCAUCAUCAGAUGAAGACAAUACGUUUAACUGUGGAGGUCCACUGCCUCAACAAUCCAGAGCCUACUUCCUGUACCUUCAGAGCAGAGGGGUGACCCACUUUAAAGUUCCCCUGUCCUGGUCUCUCAUCCUUCCUUCAGGUGAUCCCAACCAGCCACAUGAAGACACUGUCAAGUGCUACAAGACGCUCGUGCAGCAACUGACUGAAUCGGGCAUCAAACCUCUGCUGGUUCUCCAUCGGUCUGCAGUACCAGAACUCUUCAGAGCCAGAUAUGGAGGCUGGGAGAAUCCCUUACUGGUGCAGAUGUUUGAGCAGUAUGCAGGAUUUGUGUUCAAUACAUUUAGAGAUCUUGUGGACACAUUCAUCAUGUUCAGUCACCUGCAUGAGUUACAUGAAGUGCAACUUCAAAAUGCUGUCCAGUCUCAUGCAAAUGUUUACAAUGUCUAUCAUCAAAUGUUCAAAGGUAAGGCAUGAGUUUAUUAAUUAAUUUAUUAUCAACUUAGGUAACACUUUAUAAUAACAUUCGAUUA